AUGAGUAUUUUCUUAGGAUUAAUUGUGCAUGAUCAAGUACCUAGAGAUAGAUACAUUAGAGCAUUAACUGAAAUAGAAUAAUUAAUGUAUGUGCAUAAAGAAGAAUUAGUAAUUUAAAAUUCUGAUAAUAUUUUGAAAUUCAAAAUCCAAAACUCAGUAUUUUGGUUACCAAAAAACCCUAUUUACUUAAACACAAUAUAUUAUCGUAUUACUGGAAAUGAUGAUUUACAAUAAGCUAUUGAACUGAUUUGGGAUUGUUUAUGUAUUUUGAAAGAGAAUUUCCCUUCAAAAUUAGAAUUAUAUUAAGAGAAUAUAGAUGAGUUUAAUUUAAAGGAAUGGGAGAAUGAAUUAUUAAGAAGAUAACUAAAUAAUUUAAAUAAUCGUUAAUCUAAUGAUCCACUGACUAAAGAUGAAAUAGAAGAUAUAUUUGCAAUACUAAAUAUUGCAUAGCAAUUAUAAAAUGUUAAAGGUUAAGAAAUAUGCUUAAACUUAUUGAACUAAGUAUAACCAUUUUUUUUAUAAACAUUGUCCUAAUCUUAUUUAGAUUAAUUAGAAUAUAUAGCAAAAGGUUAACAUAAAAUAAUAGCUAAUUCUUUAUUAAAUAAAAUCAUAAAAGUAACAGCUAAUAAUAAUAAUUAAAUUACUUAAAGACCAAAUAAUCAUGAUUAAGAAUUAAUAAAUUUAAUUAGAUAAAAUCCUCGUUAUGAAUAGUAACUUAGUAAUAGUUCAGUUAUAUUUUAAAUGAAAGAAACAAAUGAAAUUGAUAGAAUUUGUUUUUAUUUAGAUUAUACACUUUGUAAAAACUAAAUAUUGCUAAAAUCUAUAAAGCCUACAAUUUAAACAAUAAUAGAUAAAUAUUAUGAUGGUAUAAAUAUAUAUUAAAGAUAUUAAAGGUUAAUAUGGAUUAGACUAAUCAGAAUUAACAAAGUAUUGUGUAUUUCACACUUUACUUGGUUAAACAGCAUUGAAUAUAUAAUAAUUUGAUAAUACUACAAUUUAGAAAAUAUUUGUAAUAUUUGAAGAAGGAAUUUUGAAUUGGAUUUAAAGUUUAGUACAAAUGUCACAUAAAUAAAUAUAUACUCUAUUUCCAAGUACUCUAUUACAAAUUUAUUCUAAUUAAUAAUUUUAAUUAUAAUUAAAAAGUCAUAAAAGUAAUAUAUUCUCUAUGAUUUGUAACAAAAUGGGAAUGACUGCUAAUAAUAAGAGUGAUUAAUAAAAAAUAUAUUAAAACAUAGAUGAAAUAAAAUGUAUAUCUCCAUUGUUAGCUCAAUUUUUAGAAUAAUUAAUGUGA